GUGUGUAAAGAGAGAGAGCGAAGGCCCCCACAUCGUUCUGCACCAUCAUCAUCAUACUCUCGAUCUCGAUCACCAACCCAUUGAAAUUGGUCUGGAGAGCAAGAAAGGAAGCUCACCAUUUCCAUCAAUCCUAUUCCUGAUCUUCUCUCUCUCUAUCUCUCUCUAAUAAAUUGGAGGAGAAAAUAUCUUUUCAAGACACUUUUGACUAUCGAGUUUGGAGUUUGAUCUUUUCUACGCUUUAAAGGCAGUCCAAGGGUUUUUCUGUGGAGGCGAUAUGGUCUUUCCCGUCCCCAAAUUCUGCCUCCGUCGAGGCUUUAAUCUUUGUUGCCACAGAAGUAAUUCACUCUCCAAAAGCAAAGAUUGAGUGGAAAUCUACAGCUUCAGAACACUGCCUUUUGCAUGUUGAGAAAGCCAAAUGCAAUGGAGUCUAAGAAGUCUCAGUUGAAUCCUAAUGCUCCAGUAUUCAUACCUCGUUCACAGCAGGCUUCACAGGAAAAGGGUGGAACCCAUGAAGGUAUUCCUGCAGAUUCGAAAGUUCUUGGCAGUACAUGUGGACAACCAAGUGGUGCUCCUUUUGCGCCUAAUGAAUUGUCAGAUAUUGAACCAUUUGGUUCAGAAGAAUUCUCAGAGGUGGCUCAUGAAUUUUUUGGGUUGACGGAAGACCCAUUUCCAGCUGAGAAUAUUGAGCAGCAGUCCAACAGGAUGGGUGAUGAUAAUAGUGCUAUGAGGUCCUUGGCUGUUAAGUUCCCGGGCUACUCAGAGGAAUCCAUACUUGAUGUAUAUGCUGCAAAUGACGGAGACAUGGAGGCCACAAUUGAGAUGCUGGCACAACUGGAGACAUUUGGAACUGUGGACAGCCUUCCUGACACACUCGGCAUUGGAGACACAUCAACUACCUGGCCUCCAGAUGACCGCAUACCAAGUUCGUCAAGUGACCCUGGCAGUUCCUCGGGUUAUUAGCUGGACAUUUUGAUGCUAUGGCAGCAACGCUUUGAGCAAUGAUCUUGUAGCAUAUUCAACAACUUCCGGUUCAUUCCUUCUUCAGAGUGGGAUUUGGGUUUCUGUCAAUAAGAAGGAAGUGUUACCUUGUAAGUUUCAUACAAAUCGUGAUGUCAAAAUCAAGUCCAUCUUUUGUACAAUCAAUCUUGUGAUGUCAGUUUGUUGGUAAGAGCCCCACUCUAAAAAUGCAAAUUAAUGAUGCUUUCGGUGUGUUUCUUCUAAUUUCUCUUUGGUACAUGUUGUCUUGGAGAAUCAAGAAUGACAAAAUUGUUCACCCUUCCACUUUUA